AUGUCGUGCCUAUGUACCGACGUGUUUACCGAUGCGUACGAAGCCAAAAUGGAUGGUCACGUUAAGCAGGGUGCAGAGUCAGGACCUGUGGACAUUCCGGAGGUCAAAGUGAAAGUGGAUGAUGUGAACAAGAACGUGUUCACCAUUUCAUUUGACAAGGGCCGCGGCUACCAAGGCAUCCGAUUCGCCCACGUCGACAGCUUGCUUGUCAUCUCAGACGUUGGUUCCGACGCACUCGCGCAAUGGAACAGCGUCCAAAGCAACAAGGACACCGUACUUCAACCUAUGGAUCGUGUCGUUGCCGUGAACGGUGAGAAAGGUUCUGCAGAGGACCUUCUGGGCAUGAUCCAUCAAGAGGGAAACGUCAGCAUCACGCUGGAACACCCGAGGUAUCUGUCCAUUGCGCUGAAGCGCAAGAAGAAGGAGAAGCUGCUGGGCGUUGAAGUUGCAGCUGAAGAGAGCCUGGGCGUCGUCAUCCUGAACCUCCAGGAUCGUGGCCUGUUCCCUGACUACAACAGCAACGCGGAGCCAGAGCUGCAGAUCAAGGCGAGGCUGGAGGACCAGCAGCUUCUCCUGCGUGAAGCGCUAGUGGGCCUGCCAGGCAUACUCGAGCAUCUACUCCAUCAACGGGAAGCAGUGGCCCAGCCGCGAACUUAG